UCAGCUUCGAGCUAAAUCCCGCUUUGGGACGCAACAAUAUCAAACCCACAUUUCCCUUUGACAGUGCUGCCGUCCCUUCAUCCUUGAAAGGACAAAAGUCGUAAUAUAUUGUUGCCCCACGCGGUUUUCUUUGACACCCAUAACCCUUCCGCGCCCAGCCUGUCCGUCUAUCUGUCGGUCUGUCUGUCCAACAGGAAGUAUUCAGAAAUCAACCACAUGCCUCAAUUGGUCUGAGCACCGAUCUGAGCGCCCCCCGCCCACCCGGUUCUAAGCAGCCCCUGCCAUUGGACGACUCCCAGAUUUGGACAUCUCAGACCAGGAGCCGAAGCCCUCGGGGCACACCGAGACCAGCUUGUCACCUGGCACAGAGCAAAACUGCUUACGAGCUCACUCCUGGCAUCCCGCCCGCCAACAAAGGGACCGUUUUGGACUUGUGAUAGUCAGCCAGCCUUCAUCCGAACCCAGAGGGUUUCCCAGAGGGGAAAGCUGUCGCAGGUCAGGUCUCCUCGCCUGGGCUUCCUUCAUGCCUUUAUAGGCCGGCUUGUUGUUCAUGGGCCUCCAAGUGACCUUUGCCUCUCUCCUUUGAGUUCCUUGCACAACCUCACCCCGCCGAAGGCUGUGACUCUUGCCGAAGCCAGUCUCGAGAGGGCGCACACUAUUUCUUGUGGGACGCUCGCUACUGCUUACCUUUGGCCACGAGGGCCAGAGACAAGUUCGAGCCAGCGCAGGCCGCCCGUUUCCCCUUUCCGCCGCCGCCGCCGCCGCCUCCGAGGGCCGUCGAGUCCGCCUGUCCAACUCAGGCUUCGGCUGAGCGCCCACUGUCGAUCGGGCAAGGAUAUCAUUGAGUGUUUAUACGGCCUCAGUCCACGAGAAUCCACACUUCCGACAGCCACCUAAUCUUCUGCCCCAUUACGCACGAAGCACCCCGAGACCACAGCCCCCUACCCGGUCGCCCGCCAUGGCCAAUGGGUUGGACAGGCUGGAGCGGCUGUUCUCCAAGAGAAAAUCUGCACCUGCCCGUGACACGACCGUGUCCAACAUAAACGGCACUGCGCCCCCCGCAGAUCCUGCGCACCCGGGGCAGGACUCCCCACUGCUCGAGGUCGUUUUCCCUCCGCCGUCCUUCAUAAGACCUACCACAAAUCGCAUGCACGCCCGCGACGAGUUUGAGCUCCCAUCGCCCAUCUCGGUUGCCCAUUCCAGCUCUUCCAAUUCUGCACGGAACAGCCGUCGGCACUCUCAUUUUGACACCCGGGAGAUGACCGACACCGCGGGCCGGCGGCGGAGUGGGCCCUCGACCACUGCUUCUUUUCACAUGCCCAGUCGAGCUUCAUCACUGCUCACUAGGCGACACGACAGGAAGGCGGGUGGGCCAAUCCAGCUACAGCUCCCUGGUGGAACAACAAGCACGGACAGGCCUCCGCCCCUGUCUCCCCAGUCCCCAGCAGAAGACACAACAUCAACCUCAGAAGACCAAAAGGUAGCCCAACGGCGUCUCCUCGAGGCAUUGCCCAUCUACCCGGGAGUCAAGGUCGAGACGCCCCCGGCCUCAGACCAGGAUGAGUUCAACUUUCCCUCACCGCCCUCCAGCACACGUGGUCGAUUGCCACCCGCCAUCCUCAGCCCGUUCACGCCAGAGCCUUCCCCUGAUAUGAUACCACAGCGUGAUUCCAUCUUGAGUGAGCCAAAAACAAGCAGUGAUCUCAGACGCGAGUCGGUAUCCACCGCCCCGUCUAGGAGCAGGAGGACCACACUGGCCACUAUCUCGAGCACUGCACUCCUGGAUGACGACUGGAGGGACUCGUACGUCGACGAUCCCCAGGUCACAACCAGCCCGGAGAAGAGCACCGUGUUCCAGGAGCCCAGGGUCCAGGAUAUCUUCGCCUUGACAGCCGAUGACCUGGCCGAGGUCCGGACCAAAGCCCCAUCAAAUCCACCAUUGAGACUGCCACCGCCACCGCCCGUGCUCCCGCCAGGUGUGCGGUAUCCUUCCUUCUCUUCUCAUAUACGGGGCAGCAACAUGCUGGCGCCGCUCGCGCCGGACGAGGUCGCAGCCUUCCAAGCGGCCCGGAUCGCCAAGAAGUACGACUUCGACUUCCUCUACAUUAUCAACUUCUGGCCAAAGGAGAUGAGCCACCUCCACCGGCCUAGCGACGCAUCCAGUCACCCAUCAUUACCAAGCUGCUCAGCCAUCUCAUCCCCAACUAGCUCCUUCUCAAAACCGCCUUCCGUCCUCUACUCCCCGACGUCCGACUGCCCAACAACAAAGAACUCGACGCCCCGCCACUCCCUCCAGGCGGCCCCCUCCGAAGCCGAAAGCAGCAGCAACACCAGCAGCGACCCCCACCACAUCCCCGAGUGCUGCCCAGGCGCCGGGCCCCCGCCAAGACCUGCGACCGCAGGCCGCCUGCUCGCCGCCUACGGGCUGAGCUCCCUGGACGGUCCUUUCCGCCCCGGCGCGAGGGCGCACAAGAAGAUCCUCCGCGAGGGCACGGACGGUUGGAUCGAGUACCGCAAGACGGACGCCAGGGAGAACGAGUUCGCGCGCGGGUACGCCCGGUCAUACUACACCUCAACGGAAGAAAUCUCGCCGCGCCGAGCGUCAGCGCCGGGCGGCAGCACCAGCACCCAGAACCCGAGCGUCAUCGCGGCGGCGGCAGCCCGCCUGGCGACGCAGACGGAGGGCGCGCUCGCCGUGCGCCAGUCGUUCAGCCUCGCCGAGGGGGUGCUGUCAGCGGACCCGCGGGCGAGGAACAACAGCAGCGCGGCGCCUGCGGGCCGCGGUAGCAGCGGCCCCGCCCGCAAGGUCACCCGGGGCAUCGUGUUCGCGGCAUACCGGCGGCCCAGGGGCCACGGCGGCACGGUGCACAGCAGCCAGGCGGAGCUGGACGCGCUCGAGAGGGACGCCGAGGCGCUCGUGGAGCUGGUGCUCGACUUCCACCAGGACCGGAGGCGGUGGGAGGUCUAUCAGGAUGCCCGGCGGGCGUCGGACUGAGCGUGUGUGUGUGUGUGUGUGUGUGUCCCUGGCCCGACCCGGGUGCACGCUCAUGAGAAUUUUGUGUCGAUGAUUUGUGUGUUUGGUUAUUGUCACCGGUGGGUGAUGAAUCGUGCCUUGGAAAAGAAAGACCACCGCCAUGCCCACCGCUUGGAUUAGGAGAGGCUGUUAGCAUGCGGGAGUUGGA